GGUGGAGGCGUAACGGGUACUUUAUUAAAAUCAAUUAAAAUCAAUCAAACGGCACCAAGCCAAUUCUUGAGGAAAAUACUUGACGCGGAACAGGUGAUAACGAAUUCAGCUGUGUCAGUGAUAACAGCUUUUGCGAAAUCAUUGAAAAGGAGGCAUAGCAUCAACAUUGGAAAAUUACGCGCGGCUUAAAAGGGAUAAGAAUUUUAGCGGUGUCAUUUGUGAGAUAAGGAUUUUGAGAAUACUAUAAAACAAAAUGUGGCGAACGGUGCGACUCAGUGCACAAAUAACCAUGUCCAGCAUAAGGAACUUUUCCGCCUUAGUGCAAAACAAGGCACUCAUAAAUGGCAGUUGGGUGGACUCCAGCACCUGCGCCACAUUCGACGUUAAGAAUCCAGCCAGCGGGGAGGUGAUUACAAGCGUUCCCGACAUGACUGUGGAGGAUGCACAAAAGGCUAUCAAAGCGGCCAAAGAUGCCUUUGAGUCCAAAGAGUGGCGCUCAUUGACAGGCAAGGAUAGAUCCAAUUUGCUUAAGAAAUGGCACAAACUAAUCGAGCAACACACAGAAGAGAUAGCUGAGAUAAUGACCGCCGAAUCCGGCAAACCAAUCGCCGAGUCCAAAGGCGAAAUUAUCUAUGGCAAUUCGUUUGUUGAGUGGUUCGCCGAGGAGGCUCGACGCAUAUACGGCGAAGUGAUACCCAGUGCUGUGAAUAAUCGUGAGAUUAUUGUGAUGAAACAGCCCAUUGGAGUGGCUGCAUUGAUUACGCCAUGGAAUUUCCCUUUGGCCAUGGUAACACGCAAGGCGGCAUCUGCUUUGGCCGCAGGAUGCACUGUGGUGGUGAAGCCAUCUGAAGAUACCCCACUGACUGCAUUGGCAGUGGCCAAAUUGGCUGAGGAUGCUGGCAUUCCGAAGGGUGUUAUCAAUGUGGUGACCACUGCUAAAGCAGCCCCCAUUGGCGAUCUCCUGUGCAAGAGUCCUGAUGUACGAGGCAUCUCCUUUACGGGCUCCACAGAAGUAGGAAAACUUCUGUUUCGCAACUCUGCCGAUGGAAUCAAACGAGUGGGCCUUGAGCUGGGCGGAAAUGCUCCAUUUAUUGUCUUCGAUUCGGCAAACAUUGAAAAGGCCAUAGAUGGGGCAAUGGCAUCCAAAUUCCGUAAUUGUGGACAGACAUGUGUGUCGGCGAAUCGUUUCUUUGUCCAGGAAGGCGUCUACGAUAAAUUCGUUAGCCAAUUGAAGCAGCGUGUUGAAUCCUUGAAGAUUGGCAACGGCAAGUCGUGUGAUGUACAAAUUGGACCACUGAUCAAUGAGAUGCAGUUCAAUAAGGUCAGCGGAUUCGUCGAGGAUGCACGCAGCAAGAAUGCCAACAUUGUUACCGGAGGCAAAGGGUUAUCCUCUUUGGGUUCCCUCUUCUAUGCUCCCACAAUUGUUACAGAUGUUCCACCCACGGCUAAAAUCUAUACCGAGGAGGUGUUUGGACCCGUUGCCUCCAUUAUCAAAUUUAAAGACGAAGCGGAGGCUGUGCAAAAAGCCAAUGAUACGCGUCGGGGCUUGGCUGGCUAUUUCUACAGCGAGAAUUUGCAACAAGUAUUCCGAGUGGCCAAGCGUUUGGAAGUAGGUAUGGUUGGAGUAAAUGAGGGCAUCAUCUCAGCGGCCGAGGCUCCAUUUGGCGGCGUCAAAGAGUCGGGAGUCGGUCGUGAAGGUUCACAUCAUGGAAUCGAUGAAUAUGUGGACAUUAAAUAUAUUUGCAUGGGCAAUCUCAAAUACGAUUGAAUAGCACCUAAGAUUAGCCCAAUGCCGCAAUUGCUUUCCUUGCAAGUCUUCCACUAGUUAAAGUAAAAAGUAUAUUUAUGUUGUUUGUUGUUUAAUAUGUAAAAAAAAAGUCAGUCACGCGCUGCUUUAGAAUAAUAAAUGUGCACAAAUAUUAAAAGCAGUUUAAA